GCGGACCGCUUCGGUGAACCCAUCGGCGAGCGGGCACGAUGCCGCGAGGUCAGGCUCGGGUGUUUGAGGAUGGGGGGGAGGACGAGAAUCUGAAGGCGCAGAAGAGAUGUUGCGUGUACAAGUACAUCCCUGUGGGACAGAGUCUCGACGAGAGAUUCCGCGGCAAUCGCAUGUUGAAGUGCGUUUUCUGCGGGCAUGAGUUCCAGGGCAACCAGUUCGUGGCGGCGCGCCAUUUCCGCCAGGGCAAGGGAUGUCCGGAAGUGACCGACGAGGCACUUGUCGACAUCCACUACAACAGUGAGUACAAAAUGUCCGACAAGUUCCUACAGCGGAUCCAGCAGUUUGCGGAGCUUCACGGUCCGACGCCUACGAUGGAUCCGCGACGGGACGAGGGGGGGGGGGGAGAGAUGAGGGACGCGGAGGAGCAGAUCGACAUGCACGGCGACGUCAAGGAGGUUGCGCGGGCGGGGUCAUCAGGGAGGGAGCGAGGGAAGGGCCUUGUCAUCGAGCCGGGGGGGCAGCAAGGCCAGUACUUUGCGUCUGCGCACGUGUCGGUUCGUACACGGGCAGGUGCCGAUACGGCUGAGGCGGGUCCGUCUGCAGGGAAGAGGAAGGAGAGAGAGGAGGGGGCGCGACCGACGGCAGCACCCAGAACACAGAAGAGGCUGAGGCAGAACACGAUCACAGAGUCUUUCUCUGCAAAGUGGCAGAUGGAGUUCAAGAAGAAGUGGCUGCAGUUUGUGUACAGUCAGCGCCUGGCGGAUUUGUCGGGGCCAGUGAAGGUGUUGUGGCCUUCAGAGAACGAGAUUGCAGACAUAGAGACCAUUGUCCACACGGCGGACGAUGUGGGAGCUGAACUCGCGGAGGUCAGGGCUCCUUUCUAUGUCACGGGGGCCACCAUUAUGUCAGACGGAAGGAAGUCACGCGAUGCUAGACCCAUCAUUAACUUCCUUGCCGGCGGGUCGCGUGGGGUGAUGCUCGUCCGGACGAUGAACAGGGAGGGUGAGCGGGAUCGGGCGCCUGAUGUGUUGGCGCGCUGGAUCAAGGUGUUCGAUGACUUUCCCCCUAAGUGGGUGAACGCCAUCUGCACCGACUCCGCCUCGGCGUACGUCGCCGCGGCGAACAUGCUCCAGGGGCCCCAGCAGAGGCCAAAGCAUCGACGGAUCACGUGGCUCGCACACGCAGUGCAUGUCUGCAACAAGAUGUUGUCAGACAUUGGCUGUUCGGGCCCGUGGUCCAAGGACAUCAUCGUGAGGGGGAGAGCGGUGGUGCGCUUCAUUAAGGAGCACGGCGCCGCUCUCCACAUUUUCUGGGGGGAGAGCAGUCAGAUGGGCCUCAUCUAUCCUUGCGAGACACGUUUCGCAUCCGUGUUCACGAUGGUGGAGCGUUUGCUGGCAGUGAGGUCAGCAUUGGAGAGGACGGUGGAUGGCGAUACUUGGGGUAUGGUCCCUUGGGACCAUUCCGUUCGUCAGUUGGCUAGGUGGGUCAAGUGGCAGGUGCGGCAUGGCAGUUGGUGGGAUUCCAUGGGCGUCUUGUUCCGCAUCAUGGAGCCUGUGUACGACCUGCUGCGUAGGUUGGACCGCAGAGGGCUGCACAUGUCGCAGGUGGUUGAGUGGACACAGGAUCUAGCCCGCCAUGUAGCAGAGGAGGUUUGUGCACUUCCGACAGAUCUUGCACACUACAUUGUGCAGAGGGUGCAAGCUCGAUGCGCUCACAUGCUGGAACCGGCGCACGCCGCUGCUCACAUUCUCUGUCCCAGCCGACGGGACUUGCGGUACUUUGAGGGCAUGGUCAGCGACUACGACGCGAGUUUGGUGAGGGAGGCGGAGUCUCCGGCAGAGGUUCACGACACCACGCAGUGGGAGGAGACUUCGGCAGAGGUAUCGAGUACGGGAGUAGAUGUUCAGCAGGGGACGCAUGAGAGCAGGUUGGCACCGACAGAGGAGCCACGUUCGGAGCCGGCGCAUCCUCCUGUCGUCCAGUUGAGGCCCAAGGAGACAUUGCAGGAGAUGUCCCCGGGUCUGGAGGACAUACAGAAGGGGCAGUCAGCGGGCGUUGAUGAUAUUCGCCCAUCAGCACAGGCGGAGGGGAUAGCGCCGACCACCGGGGGGGACGUGGCCGUAGCGGGGGUCGUUGGAGUUGGCGGGUCGGGGGUGCCGUCCAUGGCCGAUCCGAUGUCCACGUCUGGCGGGGGGGACCCCGCACAGGUGGAUAGGCAUGACGCGGACGGACAGGAGAUGCCACGGACUUUGGUGGUUCGCACUGCUGUGGGGUCAGUGGUGCCGCAUCAGGCACCGUUUUUGGAGGGUUAUAGGCGUCGUGCACAUGGCGGGGGCCUGGUCGAGGAGCGACGUGUAGGCAGGGGCGCGUGCAUACCCCCGGUCCCUACUUUUAUGCCAUCACGGACGAGGCCGGAGAUUAGGCAUGUGGCUACGCCUCGGGGCAGCCUCCUUUUUGGUUUUAUGACCGCUGAGGAGUUGGAGGACCACGGCAGGAGGGAUUUGACGGAGAUCGACCAGCGUGUUUUGAGCGAGACGAGACGGGUGAUGACGGCGAGUGCCAGCCGUCAGCCAGGUUUGAGAGGGGCUUCCACGGUCGUGAGAUGUCGAGAUGUUGUAGCUUCAGGGUUUGGUGGUAGGGGCGGUGGCGGCGGUGGCAGCGUUGGCCAGGGCGACGACAUACGUGAGGGUGCAGGCGUUGCCGCAGCGAGCGCAGUGGAUCCGCCCUUGACGUACGGUUUGGGAGAGGCGUCGAUUAUGUUGCAUGAGCGUGACGUUGUUACACGACCGAGGCAGGAGAGACACGUGCCAUUAGAUCGACGCCAGGAGGGGGAGACUUCAGGGACAGACGGUCUACCUAUGGCACGCGAGUCACGCCGACGUGAUGACCUAGCAGCCGCAGGUGUAGGCAGGAUGUUGAGAGGCAGGAGACUCAUUAUGGACGACGACCUCGACGAGUAUCCCGUCGCUCCUGAGCCUUCCGCUGGCAGACGCGGCGGCCAGCGUCAGAGAGAUCGACUGCGUGGCAGUGGUCGGAGGGGAGGUGGUGGUUCUCAUCGGUCCAAGCGAGAUCCGCGUGCGCAAGACGAUCGUUGACGGAUCACGGACUUGCAUUUUCGUGACAUUCUGAGUGUACUUUAGUUUUUUGUUAUCCAUGACAGACGUAG